AAAAAAUAUAAAAAAUAUAUGAAAUCAUCUGAAAAUAUGCUUGCUGAUGAUUUUCAUCAAAACUUUCUUUAGUUCUAUGCUAAAACAAAGGAUAUUCUCAAUGUUAGAUUUAAUUAUAUGAGAGAAUUGUAUAAUCUUGGAGUAGAUACUUUUCCUGACAAUUAAGAAGUCUUUACCAUUCAACAAAAUAACAAAUUGAAUUUGUAAUCUCAGUAAAACAAACUUAAAAAGAACUGGACAGAUGAUGAUAAAAAAGUACUAAUAUGGCUUGUUGGUAAAUGGAGUGCCUCAAAUAAAAGAGACAUUAAAUCUAUAGUAUAUCAAUUAAACUCUAUUUUAAGAGCGAUGCAGAUUGGAAUUCCAUUGCAAGUAUGAUGCCAAGAAGGGAUGCCUUUAAAUGUAAAUAAAAAUGGCUAUAAAUGCUUAAACUUCCCUUACAAUAAGCUCCAUGGACUCUUCCUGAAGAUGAAUUAUUAAGGUCCAUAAUUUAUGAUUACUAAAAUUAAAACAAAGGAAACAAAUGGAGUUAGAUUGCUACUACUUUAAAUAAAAUUAGUGAUUCAAAUGUACAUAGAAAUGGCAAAUAAUGUAGAGAACGUUGGAAUAAUCAUCUUAAUCCUUUCAUAAAUCGGUAACAUUAUUUUCUUAAUCUAUUACAAGCAAUCCUUGGCAAUUAACUGAGGAUUUAGAUUUACUAUAGUUAUCAAUCUAAAAUGGAAAAAAAUGGGCCUUAAUUUCAAAAAAACUUAAAAUACCUAGAAGUGAGAAUAGUGUCAAAAAUAGAUUCAAUUGUCUAUUAAGAAAAGAAAGAAACUAAAAAGCAGGGUAGGCUAUAUUAAUUAUAGAAGGAAAAAAGAUGAAGAAGAAAGUGAAUCUGAAGAAUCUAAGAAUUCAAAUUUUCCAUCCGCAGAAGAGUUGAAUCACGAUGAAAUCAAACUCAUCCAUACUAUUAUUAAAAAAAUAGAGUGGAGAAUCCAAUAAAGCGAAAACCUCCGAGAAAAUGAAUAGAAAGACAGUAUUAAAGAAGAACAUUUAGACAUAAUAAAAAAAGUUAAAGUUGAAUAAAAUUUACCUCUAAAAAUGGAAUAAAGACCCUCUCAAUCAAAUCUAAAAAAUUUAGAUAAAAUAAACUUGUAAGUAAAGGAAUGCUAACUGACUGAAGCUGAAAUGAGUACUCUUUAACCAUGUUUAGUAAAUAAAGAGAAAAAUUAAAUAUUUUUUGUUUCACCUGAAUAAUUACAUCUUUAUUUAAAUAAAUCAGAAAUAAGUUAGCAAAGUACAUUUUAGGAAAACAACUUAUCAAAUUAAAAUAGUAUUGGAUCAUACUAUUAUGAUCCUAAACUACUUCGUUCAUAUGUUAUGAUGCAAUAAAAUGAAUAUCCUCAAAUAUAGAGUGGAGUAUAUCAAUAAAGAUCUAUGCUUAAUUAAAAUAUGUUGGGUAAUUUCCAGAGUCUAAACAACUACCCUUAUUCUUUAGCCAUGUCAUAAUACCCAUCUCAAGCAAACUUAAUGAACCAAUUACAAAGAUGAU